CCUUUGUUCAAAUAUGGUUGACAGGUCCCUCCGACAUGAGACACUUGUGUGGAACGAGAAUAACACUAUUUUGCUAUCAUGGAUGCUGCUGUGUCGGAGAGGAAAGACGAACACUGUUAAAGCUCUGUUUUGUAAAACAGAGGUUUUAGAGAGAGAGAGUUGCUACUUUUAGUUUCUAAUGAGUUGGAUUAUAUUGCCCUUUGGAUAACUUAGCAUAAUUUAACUUGCGCAGAAAAAAAUUCUGCAGAAAACAUGUUAUGCCCAAAUUAAGUCCAUGGAUUGCUUCCAACAGUUCCCACAAAGAACACAGAUACCAAACUCAAUAGGUUUAGGCUCAAUUAAGAACUAGGAUCUGCCCUCCUCCCUCCUCUUCUUCAGCUGGGUCACGUGAGCUGAUCAGGGCAAAGCUGACACCAAAAAAAAAUUUAAAAAAACAGGUGGUGAGAUUUGUCAUCCCCUUCUACGUGUCCUCCAAAUAAACAAACAUUUUACACCGCCUUGCCUUCUUGUUAAGCAAUUAGCAUGUUGAUAGGGCUUUGUGCCUACCAUUUCAACUCAGCAUCUCAAAUGGCAAGCAGAGACAGAGAGCAAUCCAUAUGUUGCUUCAAAAAGUGGAUGGAGCUUCAAGAACAAGACCUCUCAGAGCUCCUCCAAGCCAUGAAACUAGACCCCCAAAACAAAGACCAGUUAAAACAUUUAGCAGAGAAAGGCAUCUGUCACUUCCAGGAUUACAUAAACAAGAGAACCCAACUUGCCCGCAGAGACGUCUCUGCCUUCUUUGCCCCCACUUGGUGCACUUCAUGGGAAAACUCUCUGCUUUGGAUCGCUGGCUGCAGGCCCUCUUUGUUUUUCAGGCUCGUUUAUGUGCUUCGCGGGUCAAAAAUGGAGUCAAAGCUCUCUGAGUUCCUCCAAGACACAGGAGAAGGCAGCCUUGGUGAGGUUCUGACGUGCUCGCAGCUCGUUGUGGUCAACAGUUUGCAGAGCAAGACCAUUAGAGAGGAGGAGAGGUUGACAGGGGAGCUGGCAGCUCUGCAAGAGGACAUAGCAGACCAGCCAAUUGCAAUGAUUGUAAAGGGUUUGAGCCAACUUGGGGAGAUGAACAGAGAAGUGGAGGAGGCUCUGGAUGAGCAUGGCCAAGCCAUGGUGAGAAUUUUGGAGGAGGCAGAUCAGUUGAGGCUAAGCACUGUCAAGGAGCUUGUGAACAUAUUGACACCUCUUCAGGCUGUUGAUUUUCUGGUGGCAAGUAAGAAGCUUCACUUGUGUGUGCAUAAGUGGGGCAGGAACAGAGACCAAAAGCUUGGGAUGGAAAAUCUGGAAGAUUAAUUUUGGUAUGGAUUUUUGGGUAUUAAUUUUUAGUGACUGCAUGUAAUAUAAUAAAAUAAAAUGCCUUCUACAUUUUUUUUAAAUUUGUUUUUAAAAACCUUUCCUAUUGAAAAGAACGAUGACAUACUAAACUCACACACACUAUAGACUACAUGGAUGCUAGAA